AUGAACAGUACAGUCGCUCUGGUCUGGCCAACCCGAGCACUGGACAACCCACUAGGCCACGACGCGCACGCCAAAGCCCACACCCACGCCACGCCCGCGCCGUUGCCAUCCAUCCCGAGCGCCAUGGAAGCCGACGGCCGGAGCGCCUCCUCCUCCCCAUCCCAUCCCGGCUCGACGAUGCGCUCCUCCCGCCCCAGGUUCCGCCUGGACGACCGCCGCCCGGAGCCCAGCCCGAGCCCCCGCAAGAGCGAGCGCAAGCGCAGGCGCCGCGCGGCCCCAGAAUCCGCCGCGGUGACCGCGCGCCGGCCUCGCGCGCUCCAGGACUCGGCGUCGCCCUCCGCCGCGCGCAGGCCCCGCGCGUUCCAGGAGGCGGCCGCGCUGGCGGUGCUGGCCGCGGGCGCGCCCCGCGCGGCGCUGGGCUCCAGAUCUUACGGCGCCGUCCAGCGGCUCUGGAGCGACGCCGACGAGGUCGCGCUCCUGACCGGAGCCGCCGCCUUCCGCGCGCGCAACGGGCACGUCCCGCGGCUCCCGGACAUGGCCGCGCUCUUCGGCUACCUCAGGGGCUCCCUCUCCCCGCACAUCGACCAGGACAAGGUCUACUACAAGCUCAAGCGGCUCAAGAGCAAGUACGAGCACGCGGCGCCGUCCGCGGCCGCCGGCAAGCACGAGCUCCGCGUCCGCGACCUCUGCGGCAAGGUCUGGGGCGCCCGCGUCGGCCUGUCCGACGAGGACGACUCACACCCACCGGAGGAAGAACAGGCCAGGGACAGGGAGCGCCGCACUGUCCCGGACGCGGCAGCCAUGCUCCCGGUAGCGACUGAGGUGCUCGACGCGUACUGGAAGACCAAUGGUCUGGCGCUGUCCGGGGUGUCCCUGGAGAAGGGGCUGUCGCUGCUAGCAACCGAAGACGCGAGGUCGAUCGAAACCAGGUGGAGGCAGCAGCUUGAUGCAGAAGUGCGCUCGCAGAUGAGGCGGCACGAUCUGGCCAAGGACGUCUAUGGCUUGCUGCUCGACGCCAUUAAGGGCCUCGGCCCCUAGCUCGGGUAGAAGCUGAUGAGGUGUGCCGAACCAGCUAGGUGCGCUGCCGGCUGAUCUAGUAGAUCUGUAUGUUGCUGACUGGCAAGUCCCUAUCAAGUAAUGAUCAGCGUCGAUAUGCUGAGCAGAGUACAAUAUGCAUAUGACUGUCUGUUGCGUCUAGUGACUAUCACUUACUUUAGGUUCAUAUAGGUGCUACUUUUGUUCUUUCUUUAGAUUUAGAAGAUCAUGGAGAUGAUUCAGAUGCUCAACCGAUCUGUAAAUUGUUUGACAACUUCUGUAUCAGUGAUGUUAGUUCUGCAUUUUUCAAUUGUAAGAAUCCAGUAGAUUUAAUAUUGUUUGCUUGAUGGUGUGGUAAA